AUCACUUCUGAUUCAGACAUGGCGUGGCUCCAUCAGAGCCGAGGUUCUCCCAGACUGGUCCUGGUGGUGGUGUGCGUCGCCCUGCUGCUCGACAACAUGCUGCUCACUGUGGUUGUGCCGAUCAUUCCGACGUUCCUCUACGCCAUGGAACAUCCAGAACCACAGACUGCUCUGCCCAGCCUCAGUACAUCACAGCUGGACGCCAGGACCUCACAGGCUCCCUCCUUCAGCGCCAAACUCCAGACCUCCAGCUGGAGCUCCCAGCUCCCCAGACCUGACCACAGGGCACCGAGUCUGGGUACGGUGGCUCAGCAAGGCCCCCAUCUGCCUCCUCUGGUGUCCUUGUUUGACAACACCACGUUUGACCUGGAGGAGGUCCAGACAGAAGCAACCCCUGAUCUGAUGGGUUGGACCGGGCUGACCACAGAGCUGCUGCAGGACAACGAGACCACCAACGCUACCGAGUCUUCUUGUCUUCAGGACAGUGUUUUCCUGGAGGAGGAAAACGUUCGUGUUGGUUUGUUGUUUGCCUCCAAAGCUCUCGUCCAGUUGCUGGUCAACCCGUUUGUCGGCCCGCUCACCAACAGGAUUGGUUACCACAUCCCCAUGUUUGCAGGUUUCAUCAUCAUGUUUGUUUCCACCAUAAUGUUUGCUUUCUCAGGGACCUACGCUCUGCUGUUCUUCGCCCGCUCUCUGCAGGGAAUCGGCUCAUCCUUCUCUUCAGUCGCAGGUCUUGGCAUGUUGGCCAGCGUGUAUACCAAUGAUGAGGAGCGAGGAGUCGCCAUGGGCAUCGCCUUGGGGGGGCUGGCGAUGGGAGUCCUAAUUGGAGCCCCGUUUGGCAGCGUAAUGUACGAGUUUGUGGGGAAGAGCGCCCCCUUUCUGAUCCUGGCCUUCCUGGCUGUGUUUGAUGGAGUGUUGCAGCUGUGCAUCCUGCAGCCCUCAAAGAUCUCUCCUGGGAGUGUGGAGGGAACACCUUUACUGACUCUGCUGAAAGAUCCGUACAUCCUCAUCAGUGCAGGAUCUCUCUGCUUCGCCAACAUGGGCGUCGCCAUCCUGGAGCCGACUCUGCCCAUCUGGAUGAUGCAGACCAUGUGCUCCCCGAAAUGGCAACUUGGUAUGGCCUUCCUUCCUGCCAGCAUCUCGUACCUGAUCGGAACCAACCUGUUCGGAGUUCUGGCCAAUAAGAUGGGACGGUGGCUGUGCUCCAUGUUGGGGAUGUUCAUCGUCGGCAUCAGUCUGCUGUGUGUUCCUUUUGCCACCAGUAUCUACGGUCUGAUUGGGCCAAACGGAGGACUGGGCUUCGCCAUCGGUAUGGUGGACUCUUCCAUGAUGGCCAUCAUGGGUUACCUUGUGGACAUCCGCCACGCCUCUGUGUACGGCAGCGUGUACGCCAUCGCUGACGUGGCGCUGUGCAUGGGCUUCGCUAUAGGGCCGUCCACAGGGGGCGCUCUGGUCCAGGCAGUGGGCUUCCCUUGGCUCAUGGUGUUCAUCGGAGUGAUCAACAUCCUGUACGCUCCGCUCUGCUUCCUGUUGCGUAACCCGGCUGUCCGAGAGGAGAAAAUGGCGAUCAUCGACCAGGAGUGUGUGAUGCACAGGAAAAACUACAACACCCACAAGGAGAGUCGUGAGUUUCCUCUGAGCGACUACAGUGAAGAAGAAGAGACCGAAGAGUGA